AUGGGCAAGCAUGCGCGCAAAAAGCAAAAGACUGCCCCCCCUGCUGAGGUUGAACCGCUCGGCAUGGUCGCGGACCGUGCGCACGACACCGCCAAGGACGAAGAGGAGAUGCGCCUGGAAAGCUUUCUUUUUGGGACCACCGACGGCGCCGCAGGCUCCGACGACGAGCAUGACAUCUUCAUUGAUGAUGGCGCAGAGUACGGUGGUACGAGCGAGUUCCGCAAUAUUGAUGACGACGAACUAUUCGCCAUAGACCAACCGGCCCCCGAGGCAUCCUCCAGCACAGCUACAAAAACGGAGAACGUAUCCAGCCAUACGUCCUCCGCAUGGACAGACGCAGACGACACCACCCUCGAGGUGUCCCUGGCUACGGACAAACGGCGUCGGAAGCUGCGCGACGCCGUAGCCGAGGACACCGUCGGAGGGCGGGACUACGAACGUCGCCUGCGCAGGCAGUACGAGAAGAUCAACACGACUCCAGAGUGGGCGACGAAGGCGCGUAAACGUGUGCAAGACACGACUGGGAAGCGCAGGAGAUCCUCGACAGACUCGGAGCCUGACGCGGAGGAGGCGGAAGAAAGCAGUGCGCUCGAUUCUCUACUCUCAGGAACGGGCUCUGUUCUCGCCGGCCGGAGGGCGAAAAUCCUAGCCCACGGUUCGCUCUCCAUCGAACGACUGCGCGACGCGAACCUAUCCGCAAAAGCGGAUGGCGAAAUCAAAGUCGUGCAGUUCCACCCAUCGCCCCAAGUCCCCGUGCUCUUCACCACGAGUGCAGACCGACGAUUACGGCUCUUCACGGUGGACGGACAUACCAACCCGCACCUCCAGACCCUCCAUAUCCCCUCCCUCCCCAUCACGAACGCCAUGUUCCACCCUGGCGGCACCUCUGUCCUCCUAACCGGUCCUCGACCCUUCUACUACACCUAUGACCUCCAGACUGGCGCGACACAACGGUCACCUCGUGGCCUCUGGGGUACCACUUUCACCGGUACCAGCCAGGCCGCCCAAGACGGCAGCAUGGAAGUGUGUGCCUUCGACUCCACCGGCUCCGUCUUAGCCGUCGCUGGUCGCAGAGGGCACGUUCACCUAGUGGACUGGCGAGCAGGCGGUGGGCAGGUCGUGGGCAGCGUCAAGAUGAACUCCGGGGCAAAGUCGCUCUGGUGGUCAGGCGAUGAGUUGCUUACACUAGGUGAGGACUCGGAGGUGUACGUCUGGGAUGUCGGCCAGCGGAGGUGUAUCCGACGGUGGAAAGACGAUGGAGGGUACGGCAGUCAGCUUCUAGCUGGAGAUCGGGCAGGGAAGUACCUUGCAACCGGGUGCGUAAUUUGCCUGAACUCGGAGAUCUUGCGCUCAUAA